AUGGCUGCCCUCGUCCAGACCAUUGCCAUUGUCGACAAGUCCAACAAAGUUGUAGGAACCACAAAACAGCUCAAGAAUGUCUUCAAGGAAGCCAAAAUCGCCUACCUCGAGCGCAAAGCCGAGAUUGUUGCCGAUAGAAAAGCCAAAGAAGACCGUGAACUGCACAAAGCCCGCAAGCAUGUCGAAGCAAUGACCAUCGCAGAUGAUGCUUCCGUCGCCUCAUCGCGUCGCUCUCACCGCUCACACGACUCUCCUCGACGGCAUCAUCCUUCCCGGCGCCAUGCCCACUAUGAAUCCGAUGAAGACGACUAUGACCGACACAGAGAACGGCGUCACCGCCCUUCGGCCCGUGAACACCGCCAUAAAUCAUCUGCCUCGGUUCGCAGUGGUUACACCACUAGCACCCGCUCCUCCUUUGAUUCAUCUCCGCGCUCUACUCAUUCUCGCUCUCGUUCCAUCUCCCAAUCGCCACGUACCCGACAUCUUUCCCUCGGUCAGUUCAAUGAUGAUCUGGCCGUGCAUCGAUCUGCACCUGCAUCACCCACCGGACACGAGCUUCAGCGCCGUCGCACCGAUGGCCUCGCCCUGCAAACCAAAGAUCGCCGUCCCUCUGUAGGACACCGCUCCCACUCCGCCACCGAUAUCGACAUGGAUUUAGCAUAUGGCGAAUUCCAUCCCUCUUCGCUCGAGCGCCUAUCACUCGAUCCCGCAACCGAGCAAAAGCUUCAAAAGCAAGAACUCACAACCCUUGUUGCUCGCGCCAAAGGUCUACUCGACGAGGCCAAUUGCGCACAGCACAGCGUCAAGGCUAUUGUUGCACAUCUGCAGAAAAACCCUGAUGCCAUGGCCGCCGUAGCACUAACUCUGGCCGAAAUCAGCAGUCUCGCAAGCAAGAUGGCACCCGCCGCUCUGGCCUCUAUGAAAACGGCUGCACCGGCGGUCUUUGCCCUACUGGCAUCACCACAGUUCCUCAUUGCGGUGGGCGUUGGCGUCGGCGUUACGGUCGUCGCCAUCGGAGGCUACAAAAUCAUCAAGAAGAUCCAGAGCGGCAAGGAGGGCAAGGAAGGCAGCAUGGACGAGAUGCUGGAGGUCAAAGAGCUGGACCGUAUCGAGCACUGGCGAAGGGGCAUCGCCGAUGCCGGAGACGACGCAUACGAAGGCAGUGUCGUCAGCGGCACAAGUGUUGAAGGCGAAUUCAUCACCCCUAUGGCCGCACGCAGUAUGGGACACUUGCCUCCCCAGCCGGAAUCCCGCAAGGACAAAAAGGAGCGCAAGAAGGAGGAGAGGAAGCGCGAGAAGGACGAGAAGAAAGAACAGAAGAGGAUCAAGUCCAAGAGCGGCUCCAUCCGUAGCGACGGGGGCUCUGUCAGUAGUACUGGCUCCAAGCACAAGAGCAGCCGCGUCGAGGAGCUCGUCCGCGGCAAAGACGUGGUCAAGAAACCGAGUCCGCUGCGCCGCAUGUUCACCAGCAAAGACACGAAUAGCAGUGUCGCUUCAUGA